ACAUAACUAGCUGGUCGACGGAACACACGGUAGAUCUUCCUCAGCCACCAAGCGGACCACGACGCGUCGCUCCUCCAAAGAUGGACUGCAGGGUGUUGGUGUUAGUGGCGGCAUGCCUGACCCAGGUGACGUUGGCCGCCAAGGCAGAGGAAGAAACAGUAGCAGGAGCAGGAGCAGGAGCAGGAGCAGCAGGAACAGCAGCAGCAGCAGUUUCUCCAGCAGAAGCGGUAGAAGAUGAGACGUCACGUGACAAGAGGCACCACUUCCCUUACUACCCCUCUCCGUGGCAUGGUCCUCCUCACUGGAGCAGAGAGGCCUGGCUGGGGAGACUUCGCAGUGGUGAUGGACCUGGUGACUUCCGUUCUCAGCUCCCCGAUGUUGUAGACACUGCUCCCCAUAGUGACAGAGGUCGGCUUACCGGCCAUGGCCAACGUUAUCCCGGAAAGGGCUCUCACGGGUUCUACCCUUAUUACUACCGACCCUAUCCUCACCCAUACUCUUACCCUCCCCACCCAGGUCAUAGUUACCAUUAUGGCCACGGACACUUUGACUACGACUGUGUUUAUCCUUACCCUCAUUAUCAUUCCUAUGGACCAGGGCCAUUCCCAAGAGGGCAACUGGACAGAGAACAAGGUGGCUCUGGUGCUAGUGCUUCUGGCUUUGGCACUGGAACACGACCCCAGACUUCAGAUUCAAACUUCCCAUCUGAUUUUUCUUCUCUACAAACCCCUGGAUCAUCUAGGCCGCCAGGUGCUGUUGCAGACUCACAGGCUGGUGCAACUUCCUACUCUAACUCAUUCCCGAGUCGGCCAGGUCCCUCAGGAUUUGGCACUGGGCUCAACACAAAUACCUUCCCAGGCUCUUCCUUCAGCCGCCCAGAAGGCCAGUUUGGUGGCUUCGGUACAGGAAUUUCCGAUGAUUCAUUUGGUGGAGGAAGCAGUUCAUUUGGUGGUGGAGGAAGUUCAUUUGGUGGUGGAGGAAGUUCAUUUGGUGGUGGAGGAAGUUCAUUUGGUGAUGGUGGAGGAAGCAGUUCACUUGGUGGUGGAGGAAGUUCAUUUGGUGGAGGAGGAAGUUCAUUUGGUGGAGGAAGCAGUUCACUUGGUGGUGGAGGAAGUUCAUUUGGUGGUGGAGGAAGUUCAUUUGGCGAUGGUGGAGGAAGCAGUUCACUUGGUGGUGGAGGAAGCAGUUCAUUUGGUGGUGGAGGAGGAAGUUCAUUUGGUGAUGGUGGAGGAAGCAGUUCACUUGGUGGUGGAGGAAGUUCAUUUGGUGGUGGAGGAAGUUCAUUUGGUGGAGGAAGCAGUUCACUUGGUGGUGGAGGAAGUUCAUUUGGUGGAGGAGGAAGUUCAUUUGGUGGAGGAAGCAGUUCACUUGGUGGUGGAGGAAGUUCAUUUGGUGGAGGAGGAAGUUCAUUUGGUGGAGGAAGCAGUUCACUUGAUGGAGGAUUCCCAAGUUCCACAUUCAACACGGGCUCAGGAGCAGACACUUCAUCCAACUUUGGACCAGGAUCAACAGACACUACACAAGGUUUCAGUGCUGGGUUGUCUUCUCAAGACAGUAAACAACCAUAUGGACUGUCUUCUGGCUCUGAUGAUACUGGCAGCUCAUCUUUGGGUGGGUCAGGGAACUUCCUCGGAGCUGGUUCUCCGGCUGCACCCAUCCCUGGUUUCGGCAAUGAAAUAAGAGCUCGCGACACAGAGGCAGCAAGUCAGAAGACCAAGAAAGCUGAUGGUACCAUUGUAUAGUAAUCCUUGGAGUUCUACCUGUUAUUUUAUAUUGCAAAAUUAUAAUUUAAAAUCAAAUGACAAGGAUCAUAGUUUGUAUAAUGUUAUCUGUUAUUACCUCUAAGUUGUAUACAAGUAUUAAGAUAACAGACAAUGAAUUAUAUUUCUCUUGGUGUCACAGACUGAGAGAAUAGAGUGGCGCUUUAACGUAAGAUAAGCUUACAGUGAUGGCUGUUAUCUGUGAUGUUCUACCACGGCUGAGGUGUGUAAAAUGUUUUUCUAUAAACUUCUUCUGAAAUCCA